AUGGGGACAGAGAAGGUCACCGCCUCUCUGGUCUUCGCCAUCAGCGUUGCUACAAUCGGCUCUUUCCAGUUUGGCUACAACACUGGUGUCAUCAAUGCUCCUGAGAUAAUCAUAAGGGACUUUCUCAAUUACACUUUGGAAGAGAGGUUAGAAGAACCUCCCUCAACAGUGUUGCUCACUUCCCUCUGGUCCUUGUCUGUGGCUAUCUUCUCCGUUGGUGGUAUGAUUGGCUCCUUCUCUGUUGGACUCUUUGUCAACCGCUUUGGCAGGCGCAAUUCAAUGCUUAUUGUCAACGUAUUGGCUAUCGCUGGUGGCUGCCUUAUGGGGUUCUGUAAAAUAGCUGAGUCUGUUGAAAUGCUAAUCCUGGGCCGCUUGAUUAUUGGCCUCUUCUGUGGGCUCUGCACAGGUUUUGUGCCCAUGUACAUUGGAGAGGUUUCUCCCACUGCGCUACGGGGUGCCUUCGGCACUCUGAACCAGCUGGGCAUCGUCAUCGGAAUCCUGGUGGCCCAGAUCUUUGGUCUGGAAGUCAUCUUAGGGUCUGAAGAGCUAUGGCCUGUACUAUUAGGGUUCACCAUCAUUCCAGCUGUCUUACAAAGUGCAGCUCUUCCAUUUUGCCCUGAAAGUCCUAGAUUCUUGGUCAUUAACAAAAAGGAAGAGGAAAGUGCCAAACAGAUCCUCCAGCAGUUGUGGGGUACCCAGGAUGUGAGCCAGGACAUCCAGGAGAUGAAAGAUGAGAGUGCUAGGAUGGCCCAGGAAAAGCAAGUCACUGUGCUGGAGCUCUUCAGAGCACCCAACUACCGACAGCCCAUCAUCAUUUCCAUCAUGCUUCAGCUCUCCCAGCAGCUCUCAGGAAUCAAUGCUGUCUUCUAUUACUCAACUGGAAUCUUCAAAGACGCAGGUGUUCGUGAGCCAAUCUAUGCCACCAUUGGUGCUGGUGUGGUUAAUACUAUCUUCACUGUGGUCUCGCUAUUUCUGGUCGAAAAGACAGGAAGGAGGACUCUACAUAUGCUUGGCCUCGGAGGGAUGGCUGUUUGUUCCCUUUUCAUGACUGUUUCUUUAUUAUUAAAGGAUCAGUAUAAUUGGAUGAGCUUUGUCUGUAUUGGGGCUAUCUUGAUUUUUGUGGCUUUCUUUGAAAUUGGACCAGGCCCCAUUCCCUGGUUUAUUGUGGCUGAACUCUUUAGCCAGGGACCUCGCCCAGCUGCAAUGGCAGUGGCUGGUUGUUCCAACUGGACCUCCAACUUUUUGGUGGGCCUGCUCUUCCCUUCAGCUGCAAGUGCUUUAGGGCCCUACGUUUUUAUCAUCUUUACUGCCUUCCUUGUUAUCUUCUUGAUCUUCACCUUCUUCAAAGUUCCUGAGACCCGUGGCAGAACUUUUGAAGAUAUUACACGUGCCUUUGAAGGGCAGGCACAGGAGGCCAGUAGAUCUGGGAAGGGCCCCGUUGUGGAGAUGAACAGCAUCCAGCCUGUGAAGGAAGCCACCACCAAUGUCUAA